UUCUAAAAUACCAUCGGUCAAAAGUAGAUUUGUCGAAGAUGUUUCAAUUUGAAAAAUCAAAUUUUCUAAUUUGAAAAUGGCGGCCUUCGAGGUGUCAACAUUUAUUUUGGCAGUUUUAAUAAGUGUAGCUUUGAUAUUUUUUGCCGUUUGGAACGUAAGUAUUCUUAUAUAUUUGUGUGUUUUGGUAGUGCUCUAAAAUCUCAGGGUUUUUCUAUGUUUUUGUACAAUUAUGUGUAAUUUUUGGUACAGCUUUAUUAUCUGAGUGACUCUGUGACUGAGUUAUCCAACUUUAAAUCUGAGGUAUUUUUGUUGCAGAUUAUUGCAUUUGAUGAUUUGAAAACGGACUAUAAAAAUCCUGUCGAUCUUUGUAACAGCUUAAACCCUGUAAGUAUUAAUUCUAUUUUGCAGAUUUUUGAACUUUGAAUUGCAAUUUCAGGGCUAAACGAAAUAAUAUUAAUUGCAGAUAUCAAUUCAUCUAUAUGGAAUUGGCCAGUGGCAAAUAGCUUAACCCAUUGAGCACCAGCGCUCUCCCCUUGAUGAGUAAAAUCAUCUGACAUUAGACAAAAUAAGUUUCUUUCGUUGAUUGCGAUUAAAAAAUAGACUUUGGUGUGGCCAUCAACAUGAGAGUCAAGAUGGACGGGGGGCCUGUGUUCACCAAUUUGUCCCGGGGCCUGUGGUUGGCUCUCGCCGGCCUUGAGUGGCAUGCAUAGGGGCUCAAUGCAACUUAAUUGGUUACACAUUAUAUAACUGGGCCUGACUGGAAAGUUUGGAAAUUGCACGCCAGAGAUUUUGAAAAUUUAAUAGUAAAUAUAUAGAAAGCAUCAUAUAAUUAUAAUUGUGCGGCUGACAUCUCCACCGUGUGAUACAAACUUUCCACACUGGUAUCUGGGCAGGUUAUUAAUAAAUAGCUUGUUUUCUUUUUAGUUGGUUCUUCCUGAAUAUGGUGUACACAUCUUUAUGUGUCUGUUCUUUCUUGUUGGAUUAUAUUGGACAGCUCUGAUUUGGAACAUCCCGCUUAUUGCUUAUCAUGUUCAUAGGUAUGUCAAUAAAAUAAUGAAUGUUUGUAUAUAAGUUUGAAGCAAAAUUUGACAUUUUAAAAAUCUGUCAAAACCACAGUGGGUGCCUGUGCUCCAUUGCUGAAUUUUGUAAAACAUGUUUUAAUGUGUUGAAAGUCAUCAUUUUGAUGAAACAAAAGGUUUUGGAUCAUCUCCCAAAUGUUUGAAGCUGUUCAAGGCAAAAUAUGACUUUUAAAAAUGGUCGAAAACCAAAGGGGGGACCACAGGGCAUUUAGUUGUGGUUCUCUGUGGUCCCCCCUUGGCAUUUGAGUAAAAUUUGUUGUAAGACAUGUUUUUAUGAGUUGAAAGUCAUUGUUUUGAUGAAAGAAAAGGUUUUUGACCAUCUCCCGAAAGCAGUUUAAGCAGUUUAAGGCAAAAGGUUUUUGACCAUCUCCCAAAGCAGUUGGAGCAGUUUAAGGCAAAAUUUGAAUUUUGCUUGUGGUCUGCCCUUUGUUUGACAGAAAUUUUCAAAUUUUGUAAAACACAUUUUUAUGACUCGAAAAUAUUUUUUGUUGAAAGGAAAGAUUUUUGACCAUCUCCCAAAUAUUUGGAGGAUGUUGAAGUGAAUUUGUCAUUGAAUUCCACACUAUUAUAGUACUUAUAAUUAAAAGAUUAUCAUUUUUUCCCUCAGUCUGGUAACUGGAUGUUGGUUGAUCACUAUCUGGUUUUUGGUAAAUCUUUAAAUAUUCUGUUGCAGGUAUACAAAUCGUCCAGUAAUGAGCCGACCAGGGUUAUAUGAUCCAACAGAAGUAAUGAAUGGCAAUGAAAUGUCACGUUGUCAGAAGGAGGGAUGGGUGAAACUAGCUUACUAUCUUAUCAGCUUUUUCUUUUACUUAUAUAGGUAAGUUAAUUAUUUUAACUACUUUCUGUUAGCACAGAACAAUUUCAUGUGACUAAACGAAUUCACAUUUUAAAAUAACUCGAAUGGCUAAUAAACGCUUCUGGAAAGUAAUGUCACUUUGCUGUAAAAGUUACAUAAUUUUUGUAACUAGUUACAGAAAUCAUCAGAAAAGUAACUAGUUAUUGAUACAAGUUACAAUGGAUUAAAAGUAACUAGUUACAGUUACAAAGUUACUACACUAGAAUCAAGUGCGCACACAACUCGCUUACGUUCUCAUUUAUUUAGCUUUGCCAACUAGGGCAGGGUCACCACAACAGCAUAUGCCAAUUACUGUGGGCCCUUUUACCUAACCCACCCUGUCAACUUUCCCUGUGGGAGGAAACCAGAGUACCCAGAGAAAACCCACGACUUUCAGCAGAGCGUUGACUUUUACUUUUUUCACAUGAGGACUGGGUUCAAGUCGCAUUGGAAAAGUUCCCACUCAGUCGUAUGCUUGACUUGCACAGUACAACUCGAGUUGUAAGCAGGUUGCGUGCAAACAGUUUUAGGCAAAAGUUUUGUAGUGUAAAUCUGCCUUUACUUUAGGGUGAAUUAGGUAGGAAUGUUUUAGCAAGGGUUUUUAUUUUUUCAGAAUGAUGAGCGCCAUCCUAGCGUAGCCAAUGUUCAAUUACGAAUUUCUUGUAAAGUCUAAAGACAAGGUUAAAUUAGGACAAAGCGACAAUGAGAAUUUCAGCUGUAUUAACUACUGUACAAGUACACAAGACCUUUGUACAUUAUGGCACUGGGGACAUUUGAAGUAAAAAGUUAGGUCAAUAAUAUUUACAUUGAAUUUACCGUAAUAUACACAGCGUCUAGUGUAAUGUUUUAAUAACUUGAGCCCAAAAAACCUGUGCUCAUCAAAACUAUUGUAUUAUUUUUGAAUUUUUGCUUCAAUGGAAGUUUUUCCUUUGUGCCAUUGUGGGAAUAUUGGAAUAUUACAUAUGAAAUGAAUUCUCGUUGAGAGCAAAAGUCUUUCGCCUUUCGGGGCACAACACUUAGUCUUAGCAUAAACAAUAUUGUCAUACAGUCACGAUCCAGUGAUCGGAAUGUUCUAUUAUCUUUUCAUUGUUUUGAAAAUCCCACUGUUCUCCAUGCCAUCCAUGCUCAUGGGCCAUGGCCACCUCUUGACCAAGGGCAAGGUGAAAACGUUUUAACAUGCAAAUAAAAACCUGUCACACCUAGAAUCUAGAUACAUUGCUUUCAUUGUCGCAAAGAUACAAAAUUUAAUGCAGUCACUCGUUCGAACGUCUUAGGUUGUAUUUUUAAGCCGACAGAUGUCAAUAAAGACGGUUUCCUAAUAGUAUGUGAUAUUUCGGUCAACCAAGUAGAUCCACCAUUAUAACAGUUGUGCGCGCGCUGAUUAUGUAAAUAUCCUUUAAGUUAGUGUCUUCAUUUAAAUGGAUAUAUGUAUAACUUUUAUGGCAAUUUGUUUUCUUAAGAAUCACGUAUGUGUUAGGAUUUAAUUAACAGCGCUAAGGUUAUAUAUUAUAUGUUUAUAUUAGUAACUGAUUCACUGACCUGUUUAUUCAACAACAGGUACUUUUAAUCCUUGGGUCCUAGUCAUUGCAAAAUUUAACUUGCACAUGUUAAAAGUAGUAUGCAUGACAAGAGAUACAUUUACAAUAUAUACAGAGUUAUUGUGAUUCAAUCAUAUAUACAGCUUUUGUGCGUUGGAAAAUAUAAACAUGGAAGGACGAUGUUUGAUUUUGGAAAUGUAAAGAGAUUGUUAAUUAACAGGAUGAACAAUGAUAUACCAAAUCACGCUGAAUGAGAAAUGGAAUAAGAUUUUGGGUAAUGUUUUAAAGAUUUAUAUAUUCCAUAAAUCCACUUUUUAACUCUGGUAUAUAAUCAUGGCAGAAUAC